AUGCCGUCGUCCGACUACGCCACAGCUUCGGGUGGCGCGCUGAAACUCAAAGGUGCUGGUGUUGAUAAGAAAAAGAAGAAAAAGAAGCCCAAGUCCACGACCGACUCUGCCAAACCCGUUGAUGGAGACGCUACGAGCGUUGCGAAACGACCGGGAACAGAAGACGAUGCACACAGAACACCUUCGGGGACGCCCGCUCGCUCACUAUCACCCGAGACCGCCGAACGAUCGAUAAGAGAGGGCGGCGGCAGACAAAAGACGGAGGCUGAGAAGCGGCACGACGAGAUGCGACGGAAGAGACUGGAAGAGAAGAUGAGGAAGGAGGGUGUCAAGACGCACAAGGAGAAGGUCGAGGAGCUGAACAAGUACCUCAGUGGCUUGAGUGAACACCACGACAUGCCAAAGAUCGGACCUGGCUAA